AGUGCGGGGUCUGACAGAGGAGGCUCCGUGUCUGCAGCUAGUGUGUCAACUCAGCGUUUCUCCUCUCGUCCCUGGUGAGGUGUAGCGUCGGCACGCGGCUGGAGAUCCCCUGUGGCCUCCAGUUUAGGAAGGGUCCAGCAUCCCAAGGGAGGGGUGUGUGGGCGAGGGGUCUCUGGGCCCGGGGUCUCGGCUGUGAGGAGAGGCUGCCCGCGCGGCGGCAUCUUAGGCACCUGGAGGAGGCCGCGCUUUCUCCUCAGGGAACCGGCGCUUUGGCAGCUCCCGGCGACGCCGCCCCCUUCGCGGCCUAGGUUGGUCUGGGGAGCCGGGAAGCGGGCGUCGUCCGCAGCGCCGCUGUGGCCACCGCGUCCCGGGCGGAGCUGGGCUCGGUGCCGGCCUGGGCCUAGAGCCCGAGCCUCGAGCUGCCGGCGUGGGGGGUCGCAAGUGGCCUAAUGCGGCCUCGAGGCCGAAGGACCCGAGUCUGAACUCGCACUCCGACCUACUGGUGCUGCGGAAAACUCAGGUGACCUUCCGCUUUCGCAGCCUGUAAAGUGGGGACCAAGACUUUCACCUCUUAGGAUUGUAGUCGGGAUUAAAAGAUUUUCCCGGAAGAGCUAAAGAUGGCUGAAUUUCUAGAUGACCAGGAAACUCGACUGUGUGACAACUGCAAAAAAGAAAUUCCUGUGUUUAACUUUACCAUCCAUGAGAUCCACUGUCAAAGGAACAUUGGUAUGUGUCCUAUCUGCAAGGAACCAUUUCCCAAAUCUGACAUGGAGACUCACAUGGCUGCAGAACACUGUCAGGUGACCUGCAAAUGUAACAAGAAGUUGGAGAAGAGGCUGUUAAAGAAGCAUGAGGAGACUGAGUGCCCUUUGCGGCUUGCUGUCUGUCAGCACUGUGAUUUAGAACUUUGCAUUCUCAAACUGAAGGAACAUGAAGAUUAUUGUGGUGCCCGGACGGAAUUAUGUGGCAACUGUGGUCGCAAUGUCCUUGUGAAAGAUCUGAAGACUCACCCUGAAGUUUGUGGGAGAGAGGGGGAGGAAAAGAGAAAUGAGGUUGCCAUACCUCCUAAUGCAUAUGAUGAAGCUUGGGGUCAGGAUGGAAUCUGGAUUGCAUCCCAACUCCUCAGACAAAUUGAGGCUCUGGACCCACCCAUGAGGCUGCCGCGAAGGCCCCUGAGAGCCUUUGAAUCAGAUGUUUUCCACAAUAGAACUACCAACCAAAGGAACAUUACAGCCCAGGUUUUAAUUCAGAAUAAUCUGUUUGAAGAACGAGAGAGGCAGGAAAGGAAUAGAGGCCAACAGCCCCCAAAAGAGGGUGGUGAAGACAGUGCAAACUUGGACUUCAUGUUGGCCCUAAGUCUGCAAAAUGAAGGCCAAGCCUCCAGUGUGGCAGAGCAGGACUUCUGGAGGGCCAUAUGUGAGGCCGACCAGUCUCAUGGCGGUCCCAGUUCUCUGAGUGACAUACAGGGUGCAGCUGACGAGAUCAUGUUGCCUUGUGAAUUUUGUGAGGAGCUCUACCCAGAGGAACUGCUGAUUGACCAUCAGACAAGCUGUAACCCUUCACGUGCCUUACCUUCACUCAAUACUGGCAGCUCUUCCCCCAGAGGGGUGGAGGAACCUGAUGUCAUCUUCCAGAACUUCUUGCAACAGGCUGCAAGUAACCAGUUAGACUCUUUGAUGGGCCUGAGCAAUUCACACCCUGUGGAGGAGAGCAUCAUCAUUCCAUGUGAAUUCUGUGGGGUACAGCUGGAAGAGGAGGUGCUGUUCCAUCACCAGGACCAGUGUGACCAACGCCCAGCCACAGCAACCAACCAUGUGACAGAGGGGAUUCCUAGACUGGAUUCCCAGCCUCAAGAGACCUCACCAGAGCUGCCCAGGAGGCGUGUCAGACACCAGGGAGACCUGUCUUCUGGUUACCCGGAUGAUAUUAAGCAGGAAACAGCUAAUGGGCCCACCUCCUGUCUGCCUCCCAGCCGACCCAUUAACAAUAUGACAGCUACCUAUAACCAGCUAUCGAGAUCAACAUCAGGCCCCAGACCUGGGUGCCAGCCCAGCCCUCCUCUUGUGCAGAAGCUCAACAACUCAGACAGCCAGGACAUCCGGGGGCGGAAUCGAAACAGCCAGAAUGGGGCCAUAGCCCCUGGGCACGUUUCAGUGAUUCGCCCUCCUCAAAAUCUCUACCCAGAAAACAUUGUGCCCUCUUUCUCCUGUGGACCUACAGGGAGAUACAGAGCUAGUGGUGGGAGUGAAGGUGGCAGGAAUUCUGGGGUCACCCCUGCAGCUGCCAACUACCGCAGCAGAACUGCAAAGGCAAAGCCCUCCAAGCAACAAGGAGCUGGGGAUGCAGAGGAGGAAGAGGAGGAGUAAUGGUAUCUCCAGAGACUUUACAUCGGUUCCUGUAUUCUGUGCACAGCAGCACUUGCUGCCGUGCAGGCCCACCUCUCUGGCUCUUUGGGUGGGAGAGAUUUUCCAGAUUUUAGAUUUUUCUAGGUUAUGGCCAUUUUGUGUCUUUUGAGGUUGUGCUGUGGGGGUUUGAGUUUGAGGGAAGGGAGCAGGGUGGCGGUUGAAGAACGCUUCAGCCUUAGCUGCUACCUUUUGGCAGCAGUGAAAUACAAGCUGCAGCCUCGGCUGCCAGAGCUCCCUUUUGACAAGUCGCCACUGCCCCUUGGUGCUGUGUGGUCCCGGUGGAAGGAGGGGAAGAUUUUGGAAACCUGUUAGCCACCAGUAAACUGAUUCUCUGCCCUGUUGGGGCCUAAAUUUGGGGGCUUUUGGGCAACCUCUCCCUGUACUGCCUCUGUCCACACCCAACUGGGCCCCAGGUGUGUGUGAGGCUCUGGUAAGGUGCUCAGGCCACUUGCAAUGUCUGUCAGUAACGAGGCUUUUGAUGUGUUGAGCUGGAGGUGAGUGGACUGGGGGCUGUGUUUUAAGCUGCUUCCUUGGCAUUUGGCAUCACUGCCUUCUGUUCCUGGGGGAGCAUGGAUCUUUUGUCCUCACUGCUUUCUAAUGGGGAGGGCUGAGGGCUCCCUGUCCCCACAGGGGUAUGUUGGGCUCUGCCCCAGCCCCAUGCUUGCUCUGAAAACCAAGUGUCAGAGCCCCUUCCCCUUGUUUUUAUGUUACUAUUAUAAUAAUUAUUAACUUCCUUGUAAUAGAAAUAAAGUUUGUACUUGGAGUUCA